GAGACAUCGUUCGCGUUACAGACGGACCACCCGAUAGGCACUUUCAGUCGUUCCUAUUGAUUUUCCCGUGGAGGCGCACGCGCUACUCCGUCCCCGAUUGCGACAAGGGGGGUGCGGCUGUAAUCAUGGAUCCCAGUAUACUCGCCACCAUGGACAAGGACGCACUGAAGAAGCAGAUCGAGAACAUGAAGUACCAGGCGUCCAUGGAACGGUGGCCCCUGUCGAAGAGCAUCGCGGCAAUGCGAGAGUACGUGGAAGAGAACGAGAAGAAUGACCCGCUGAUACACGCGCCCGACAAGAAGAACAAUCCCUGGGCCGAGAAAGGCAAGUGCAUAAUCAUGUAAUCGGGGCCAACAGCGGAGGAAGAGCAGCAGAAGAGGAAGGAAGCGUGCGUAUGGAAACCGAGCGAGAGAGAUAGAGGAGGAGCCGAUCGUUCAUCCGCGGCGAAGAAGAAUCUCAGGCAGAGAUCAGAGAGAAAAGAAGGUGGAGCUGCAGAAAGAGAGGAAGAAAUGCCCGGUAGACAUCCGCUGCGGCUCGAUCGCGGAUCUAUUAUUCGAUCGUCGACUCUGAAUGACCUGAAGAACCUGGUCUACGAAUCGAUCGAUCGAAAAUCGAGCUUCAGCGAAUCGUUCACCAGAUCGUUCGGUUAUUAUUCCUUCAAGACUGCUUUUCCAUCGCGCGGCGUGCGACUCCGAUUCUCGCCGAUUCUCGAUUCGUCAUCGCCCGAUUGUUAUUUGGAAACAUAUUUCGCGGCAUCUCCGUCUGUGCAUCGAUCGAUACGUGGACACAGACGAGAAAUACGAAAAAUAGAAAGAAAGAAGAAAAGAAAAUCGAAGAAAUUUGAUCGUUAUUAUGUUCGCGUGAAGAGGAAUGAAGAGGCGAGAAAUGAAGGGAGCAAAAAGGAAGAAGAGGAAAUCGGAAAAUCUGUUGGAGGUGAAAUAUGUACCUACGUCUGGCGGAAGCUGUCGUCCGAAUCGAUCGACGUCGAAUCAAUCGCCGCAUGCCAUGUGACGUCACGUUGCACAUCUCACUCGCCGAUGCACUUACCGUGUAAAACUCUCCCCAUUCACUGACGAUCUUUACCAUAAAUGCAAAUUUCUCUAAUGUUACAUAUACAUACAUAUAUAUAUAUAUACUAUACAUGACACAUACAGUUAUUAUUACUAUGAUAAUUAUAAAUUUAAAAAAACUCUUGUACAUGUAUCUCUGCGCGAAUUUCUUACCAAAAAUAUAAUAUGACCAGCGACUGAAAUUCAAA